AUGCAGCUGUCACUCCUCCUCGCCCUCCUGCCCUUUGCGGCGGCCGUCCCGACCGCUAAGCGAUCCGAGCCCGCGCCGCUCGUGGUCCCCCGUGGUAUCAGCCAGGACAAGAUCGUCGCCGACGAGUACAUUGUCAAGUUCAAGAAGGGCUGCUCCCUCGCCACCGUCGAGGAGGCCGUCAAGAAGCUGCCCAACGGCACCGACCGUGUCUUCCGUGAGGUCUUCAAGGGCUUCGCCGGCCGCUUGGAUGCCGAGACGCUGCAGCUCAUCCGCGAUCACCCGGAUGUCGAGUAUGUGGAGCAAAACACCAUCGCGGUGGCUUUCGCUCCCGUCACACAGAGCCCGGCUACAUGGGGUCUUGCUCGCCUCUCCAGCCCAACCACCGGCGCCAGGGGAUACGUCUACGAUGAUUCUGCCGGAGCUGGAACCUGCAGCUACAUCAUCGACAGCGGUGUUGACGCCUCCCACCCUGACUUUGGUGGACGCGCCCAGCAGAUCCGGUCCUUCAACGGCCCGAACCAGGACAGCACGGCCUGCAGCGGCCACGGAACCCACGUCGCCGGCACCAUCGGAAGCAACACCUACGGCGUGGCCAAGAGGACGUCGCUGUUCGGCGUCAAGAUCCUCAACUACAACCCGUCCACGCAGCUGUGCCAGACCCCCCGCGACGGCGUCGUGACGGCCCUCGACUUCGUCGUCCAGGACUCCCGCAACCGCAACUGCCCCCGCGGCGUCGUCAUCAACAUGAGCCUCGGCGGUGAGGGCUCGUCGCCCGCCACCGACGACGCCAUCCGCAACCUCGUCAACGGCGGCAUCUUCGUCGCCGUCGCCGCCGGCAACGGCCGCCGCGACUGCCCGACCUGCCCCGUCUACCCGAUCGACGCCUCCCGCGUCACCCCCGCCUCCGCCGAGGCCGCCUGCACCGUCGGCGCGACCGACUCCAACGACCGCAUCGCGUACUUCUCCAACUACGGUCCCAAGGUGGACAUCCACGCGCCGGGCGUGGACAUCACCAGUCUGGCGAUCGGCGGCGGCACCAGGCUGAUGAGCGGCACGUCGAUGGCGAGCCCGCACAUUGCCGGUCUGGGCGCGUACUUUAUGGGACGCGGCAUGCGCGCGCAGGACGUCUGCGCGCAUCUCCAGAGCCUCGCGGUCCGGGGCGCCAUCACGGGCAUCCACUCCACCUCGCGGAACCUGCUGGCCCAGAACGACCAGUCCCAGUAA